AACCUAGAACAGCUGGGGCAGAAACAGCUGGGGCAGAAACAGCUGGGGCAGAAACAGCUGGGGCAGAAACAGCUGGGACAAGAACAGCUGGGACAAGAACAGCUGGGACAAGAACAGCUGAAACAAGAACAGCUGGGACAAGAACAGCUGGGACAAGAACAGCUGGGACAAGAACAGCUGAAACAAGAACAGCUGAAACAAGAACAGCUGAAACAAGAACAGCUGAAACAAGAACAGCUGGGACAAGAACAGCUGAAACAAGAACAGCUGAAACAAGAACAGCUGAAACAAGAACAGCUGGGACAAGAACAGCUGAAACAAGAACAGCUGAAACAAGAACAGCUGGGACAAGAACAGCUGAAACAAGAACAGCUGGGACAAGAACAGCUGAAACAAGAACAGCUGGGACAAGAACAGCUGAAACAAGAACAGCUGGGACAAGAACAGCUGAAACAAGAACAGCUGGGACAAGAACAGCUGAAACAAGAACAGCUGGGACAAGAACAGCUGAAACAAGAACAGCUGGGACAAGAACAGCUGAAACAAGAACAGCUGGGACAAGAACAGCUGAAACAAGAACAGCUGGGACAAGAACAGCUGAAACAAGAACAGCUGUGA